UCCUUACACAAGAUUCAUCAGUUCACAAGUUUAAUGUCAAAUUCAUAUCUUUGGACUGUGUGAGGAAACCCACGCAGACACGGGGAGAACAUGCAAACUCCAUACAGAAAGGACCAGGACCGCCCCACCUGGGGAUCGAACCCAGGACCUUCUUGCUAUGCCAUGCCAUCAGAUGGUGAGAAUCAUUAGAAAACCUUGAAUCCUGAAAAACAGCAAAAUGUCUUCAAUUCCUGGGCUCCCAUCAUCUGGUUCGAAUGUGUGUGUACUUAUUACCAGAGUAAACGUAAACCCCCUCUGUGUUCUGGUUGAAUUUUGGGGUAAUUUUGACCAGGAUCUUAGACAUGCAUAUCAACGAAUUAAAAAAGAGAUUCAGUACCCUGGGAAAAUAUUUCAGGACAAAGAUGGCAAGCCUGGUGACUUGUGCCUUGUGCAAGUUUAUGAAACAUGGUACAGAGCCCGUAUAGUGUCAAGAAAUGAUUCAGGCUACAGUGUGUUUCUCAUUGAUGAAGGUAGAACACUAAACGCUACUACCAGCACUUUAGCAUGGGGCCAAACUGACUUCUUCUACCUGCCUCCUGAAGUUGAAUUUUGUGUUCUUUCAAAUGUGCUACCAGUGUCUCCUGAAAAUAAAUGGUCAACAAUGGCCUUGGAAUUCAUGAAGACCUUCUGUGGCAGAACAGUUACCGCCGGUGUUCAGGACGUCCUAGUACCUCAGCGUACAUUUCUACUCGAUAUUCCAUUCUUGUCUAGGCAAAUGUGUGAAAUGGGAUUUGCCAAUAAAUUAUCAAAUGAAAGGUUCAAAGAUUUUGUCUCAAGGUCCUUACAAUCACAUAAUUCAUUCAUAGAGCCUCAGAGGAUACCACCCAUGAGAAAUGAACCAGUCAAGCACACUGAGAGACAGCAGUGUUACUUGUAUCCAGAGCUGCAAACAGAAACUGUUGAGACUGUGAUUGUUACAGAGGUUACAAAUCCUCUCCGUGUCUUCUGUCAGCUCAAGGUAUUCUCUCAGGAACUUAGGAAAUUAAUGGGACAGAUAACACAGCAUUACGAAGGAAGAAUUGGAGCUAGUUUUGCAAGACCUGAGAAUUUGGGGGCUCCUUGUGCAUCAAGAGGCGCUGACGGAAAGUGGUAUCGCUCUGUUUUGCAGCAGGUCAUGUUCUCCAGCAAUAUGGCAGAGGUGCUGCACGUGGAUUAUGGAAAGAAACAAUUUGUCUCAGUAGAGCAUGUUAGACCACUGGUUUCAGAAUUUUUUCGAAUGCCUGUCGUGACGUAUGUCUGCUCUCUACAUGGUGUUUUUGAUCAAGGCAUUGGAUGGACAGCUUCACAGAUUGAUUAUCUGAGAUCCUUAAUUCUCAACAGAACUGUCAUUGCGAAGUUUGAGUAUUACAGCCUUUCAGAAGGUGUGCACUAUGUCACUCUCUAUGGAGAUGAAAAAACCAAUAUUAACAACUUGUUUGGACUGAGAGAGAAGUGCUUACUGGAUCCAGUGUCUCGUAGAGACACAGACACAGUUGCAUUUUUUAAGAGUGGCUCAUCAGAGGCGUGCCAAAUUUCAUUUAAAGGUGAUGCACAAGGAACAGACAAGUCUAAGGAUUUGAAAGGGACCACUCCUGUAUUUUGUACAGAAAGUCUGCCCCUCAACACGGCCCAUGUGGCUGUUGUGCAGCAUGUUGAUAGCCCUUCAAAGUUUUGGAUUCAAACUCAAAGAUAUGCUGUUGAAUUUGACCAGUUAAUGAAGAGCCUGGAGGAGCUGUAUGGGUCUUCCACCAGUGCAAGUGAGUUCAUUAAAAAACCUGUAGCUGGUCUUCUUUGCGUGGCCAGAUCUCAAGAUGUCUUUUAUAGGGCAGUUAUUUGCGAAGUCAUCGAGACUAAAGCAGAUGUUUUCUUUCUUGACUAUGGAAACAGAGAGUUUGUUGAUUUUUCCGAACUCCGUGUGUUGCCUGUUGGGUAUCAGAAAUUACCAGCCUUGGCAGUUAAGUGUGCUCUCUAUGGCAUUCAAGCAAAACAUGAAAACUGGAACCAAAAAGCCACGUUAUUCUUUUCCAGAGCUGUUGAAGAUAAAAUUCUGAAUGUGGAUGUACUUGCUAAAUCUCAAAACACUCAUUUUGUCAAAGUUAUUGAUUCUUUCUCAGAGGGGGAAAAGGAUUUAUCGAAGUUGCUCUGCAGUAGAGGUUUUGCAGACAGUGAAACAGCAAAAGUUGUAGAUGAACCUGUCAAACAGUACACUGAAGUGAUUCAGACUGAUGAAGUCAAAACAAAUGCUCAUUCUCAGUCAUCCACUUCUCCUGCUUUCAAGGAGUACUUGUUUCCCAUCGGAAGCUCCCUCGAUGUUACCGUAUCCUACAUUGAAAAUCUAAAUGACUUUUGGUGUCAAAAAGCAAAUGAUGCACAAUGUCUGAAACAGCUGAUGCAAGAACUUCAGAAUUACUAUAAAAACAGUGAAUUUCAAUCCCCUCUGGAAGCAGCAUGUGUUGCUCGUCAUCCUGAAAAUGGACUGUGGUAUCGAGCCUUGUUGAUCCAAAAGCACAAUCAUACAGUAACUGUACUGUUUGUUGACUAUGGAGAGACAAAGAAAGUUGCCAUUCAUGAUAUUCGACACAUUAAUCCAGCAUUCUUGAAGCUGAAAGGACAGGCAUUCCGAUGCAGGUUGUAUAACUUUCAUCCAGUCUCUCAUUCCACUUUAGAAUGGAGCCCUGGUGCUACAGCUCUGUUUCAAGAGUUUGUGGACAAUGCUUCCUCGUUGAAUAUAGUCCUGAAGUGUACUGUAUAUGCCGUAAUGUAUGACUCUCAAAAAGUGGUGUUCAACGUGGUGGAUUUGGAGACUCCAUUCCAAAGCAUAUGCAGACUUCUUGUCCAGAAAGGUUUAGCUGACCAGGCACCGUCUAAAAAGGCACAGAUGUCACCUUUUCGCCUGGACACAUACUUCUACUCUACACAUGACAUCAAAACCGGGUCUGAGGAAGAUGUAAGCAUCACAAGUGCGGAAGACGUCAAUCACUUCUUUUGUCAUCUAGAAAGAAAUUAUGCACAGGUCAACAUGCUUGCAGAAAAAGUCAACAGCUUGUGCAGACAGCUAGAGACUAUUGAAUGCCCAAAAAGCUUCGGAAAAGUUUGCUUUGCAAAGUACACAGAUGGAUUUUGGUACAGAGGGCUAAUUAAAUCUACAAAGCCUUCAGUUGCUGUCUACUUUGUGGAUUAUGGGAACACAAAGAAUGUUGAGAAGUCUGACCUUCUACCAGUUCCAAUUGAAGCUGGUGACAUUAUGUCAGUACCAGUUCAAGCAGUUGAGUGUGGGCUUUCUGAUAUGCCUGUUGAUAUGGUUCCAAGUAAAGUAAAUGACUGGUUUGAAAGUUUUGUGACAGAUCGUUGUCUGACAGCACUGAUAGUUGCCAAAGAACCAUGUGGUAAAUUAAUUGUUGAGCUGUAUGAUGGGAAAACGCAGGUUAAUGCGAUGAUCCGGGAGAAGUUUCACACUGAACUGAAGAGAAAUGAGCAAGUCAUUGCUAAAGAAUUUUAUUUCAGAAAUCAAACAGCACCAUGCAAUGUGUUUGAAAGCCCAAAGCAAAGAAAUGGAAAUGGUGAAAACCAAUUACGCCAAAUGAGAGGGAGAAAAGAACCACAUGGGCCUCUGGAACCCUGGAGAUCUUUGAAAAGUGCUGGUUUAAAACAGGCAGAAAACCGUGGGACAUCCCAUGAUAGUGUAAUGAAAAAAGAAAUGACACAAAGGAAGCCAAAUUGUCAUGGUUCUCAUGGAGAAUGUCAGAGUGAAUCAGAAAAUAAGAGUCAUGGUUUUGAAAAACCAGGUCUCCUGAAACAAGUAAACCUCCCUGUCAAAGUUAUAAAACCAGGACUGAAAGCUGAAGUGUUGGUCUCACAUUGCAAUAAUCCUUUGAGCUUCUGUGUCCAAUUGUUAACGGAUGAAAGUAAUGUUUGCUCUCUCGUGAUGAAGCUGAAUGAUGAUAAAUCAAAGCGCAUACCUGUGAAACCUGAUGACCUCCAUGAAGGUGAGCUGGUCAGUGCAGUAUUUCCAGAUAAUGACUGUUGGUAUCGUGCCAUAGUGGGAAAAGCACCAGUUAAUGACAUUGUGGAUGUUGAAUUUAUUGACUUUGGAAACACUGCGAAGGUGUCAGUUUCAAAAAUGUGUGUCCUGGACAGAACGUUUUCACAUCCGAGGUAUAGCAUUCACUGCUCGCUAACUGGAGUGCAGCAUGUCGAUAAUGAAAUGACUUCUGCUUUCAAAAAAGAAAUUGAAAAACAUGAUAAUAAAAUUACAUGUACCUUUAUCCAACAGUCUGGGUCUGUAUGGCAAGUCAAACUUGAAGCCAAUGGUGAGCUGUUAGAUUUACCUUCUUCCAAAAAUACAGAUGCUAUAACUGAAAGUAGUGCUCCUGAGAGCACAGUCAUCGCCCAGUCACCAGAUCUGGUCACCAGCAACCUCGAUAGAUAUUUCAAGAAUCCUGACCUUUCCGAAGGACAAGUCAUCUCUGUGUAUGCAUCAUUUAUUAGUGGGCCACAGCUCUUCUGGUGUCAAACUGCAGAGACUGAUGAACUUGAAAAGAUUUCAGAAGUAAUUCAAAAGGCCGGUAAUGAUUUAGAAACUGCAGUUUUGAAAGAAAACCCCCUACCAUUCGGAAGUGGCUGCAUUGCCCUUUUUGCUGAUGACCAACUGUGGUAUCGUGCAAAGGUGACCUCAAGAGAUGAUAACUCAUUGUCAGUUCUUUUUGUUGACUAUGGAAAUGAAUCAAAAGUUCAAAUGAGUGAUGUUAGACCGUUGCCACCUGAGGUAGCUGAUGUCACACCUUUGGCCUUUGCCUGCCAGCUUGAUGGAUUUGAUACAUCCAAGGGCUCCUGGAAUGACGAUGCAGCUGAUCAGUUUUUUGAGCUAAUCAAUGACAAACUCUUAAAAGUCACAGUGUUGAAAUUAGGCAGUUUAGGCGAUCUUGGAAAGCCUCAUUUUGUAAAGCUGGAAUGUGUUGAACUUGUCAUCAAUGAUGCAAUAAAAUACUGUUGGAAUAGUGAGAGGACAUCAUUUGAACUUUCAACUGUGCCACCAUUGACUUAUCCUGAAACUGAAUCUUCUAUCUGUGUAACUGAAUCUGCUUUGAGCCCUAUGGAGCAGCUUCAGGUGGCAACAGAUUAUGAGCACAGCGAUGCUUGUGAUAUAGCACCCCAAAUGCUCUCUGAGCCAGAACAAGAAGGUACAGUAGCUGAUCUUGAGAAGCAAGCUAAUUCUGUAGUUAUUCUGGAUGAAAGUGAAGUUUUCAUUGAUGUUGUAUCUUUACAAGAUGAAAGUUCAGAAUUGGUAAAAAUGGGAGACACAGUUGUAGAAGAGCCUUUGCCUACAGAAAAUGGAUCUGAUUGGAAUCAAACCUCUGCAGAAAUCUAUGAUUUUGAGAAUUGUGAACAGAAUGUUCCAAAGGAUUCAGAUAUACAUGCAGACGUGGCAGAUUCAUGUGAAAACAAUCCAGAUGUUCUUGAGGAAGGCCAGUUAGAUGUCACCGAUUUUGGAAGUAAAGAAGCAUAUGCUGGAUCUCAGAGCACACAUUUGGAUGUACCAGAGAAUCUGGAACCUUCUGAGUUGAACAGACCCUUUGAGGCCGAUUGCUUAAUAUUGGAUUACACUGAUGAGAAGUCCGAGUGCCUGUCCAGCAGAGAGGAUGCUGAAAAAGUGUGCGAAUGUACACAGUUAUAUUCAUCCGUUUCAGACUUUGAAGAAAAUGUUGAGGUUAUUAAAUCAGGCUUGGGGCUUCUAAGGUGUGCUGCAGGAAGAACUUCUGUUGGAUCAGAAUGUGUUAUCUGGUCUGAUGCACACAAGAACUGGUGCAAAGCACGGACUUUAAAGGUUUCUGAGGAUUCUGCUUUGGUGCUACUUUUGGACUAUGAUUCUAUGAUGAUGAUUGAUCCAGCUAGCAUCUUUGAAAUCAUACCAGAGGAACUGUUGCAGGUUCCAUGCAGUGCUGAAACUGGUAUCCUGACAGGAAAAGUAAAAGAGGUUUUGGAGGUGGAAGAUAUGGAGUGUGAUCCUGUGCCUCAAAACCAAGAACUUGACUCCUGUUUUGACAAUGUGCUGCAGCCAUUUCAGCAGCCGGAGUUAGCAAAUGAUCCAGGGCAGACCCUAACUUCUUCUGUGGAGAACAUGGCACAAACUGAAGAUGAUGAGGAAACAUGUAAUCCAGCAGCAAAACAAACAGAUUAUGUGUGUCAACCCUCUGAGCAGGCAGAUGAGCUGAUGUGUUUAAUUCCUGCUUUAAAGCUAGAGAAGUCUCAAAAUGUAGAACCUGAGGCUGAACCUAAUCUAGGUAGAUUGAUUGAAAUGCCACAGGAGAAGGCUCAAUGUGUGGAACCUGAGACUGAUUCAGAUCUGGCUGCCUUGGUUGAGAUCUCACAAGAGGAGGCUCGGAGUUUAGAUCCUGAUAAACCUGAUGUGGAGGCCUUGCUUGAAGAAGUUAACAGUUUUACUGAAGAUGUAACUGAUGUUACAAGUGAUGCUGAUCAGCAGUCGGAUACUGCAUCUGAUGACACGCUUCAAGAAGAAACGAUGGCUACUGAACAUGCUGCCAUGACUGAUUCUUCUGUUCUGUGUGUUGAACCAACUGUUUUUGAACAUCCUGAUACGGACGUGCUCGAAGUCACUCAUCUGAUUCUGAAAAUUAAUGAGGCAUCUGAUGACGUGGUCUUUGUGAAAGCAUGGACUGCAUCUCCGGCAGAGCCAGCUGAUCCAGGUAGUGAAGAAUAGCGACUACACAUGGGCAUAUUGUAUAUUAUAACUCAAUUCUCAGGAAGUCUGUUAUAUGUUCCUGCAUCACUUUGCAUUCUUUAGUUUGAAGUUCCAGUUAGUUUAAAAAUGUACGUAAAGAGGUUAGUAAGAAAAAAUCUGACUUCCUGUAACAUACAGAAUUUAAGUAAUCUAAUAAUAAGCACUGAAAUGGGUGUUGUCUUUCUCUUAAAAAAAAGCACUUCUUUUGUUUUAUUGUUUUGAUUGUUUCUGUCAUUAGCAAAUCAAAUAGUUUCUGUUGCGUUGUUUUGGUAGUGAAGCUGUUGUCAUUGAGUGCUAAAGUGAUGGAAAAUAUUUUUGUUUAUAAGGUAAUGAAUGUGUUGUGUUCUUUCUUUGUAUAUGACUCAUUUGUGCAAACCUUAUGCUGUUGACUGUCCCUAUAAGAUCUAUACAUUUUAAAAUAUCCAAACACAGUUCCAAGUUCCAACAUGAGGUUGUUGUUUUUUUUUUAUUAAAAAAACACAAAUGUUUGACACAA